GCUUUCUAUUCGAUUUGUCCUGGACCUUUGCAGCCCCCGCGGGGAGUUUGCGUCAAAAGCAAAGCAAGGGGCGGCGAACGGGGGACUAACAAGAGGCAGCUGAAGAUGGCAGGUGGCCAAGAAGAACGGGCACACAUCCCUAGAAAACCUAAGUUUUAAAAAACUUUUUUCCCCCGUCUGAAAACCGUUUGUUGUUAUGGGCUAGAGCCCGAGGAGAAAACUCCAGAGGAAAGCUUGGAAGCGCUCGUCUUUCUGAAAAGCCUCUCGGACGCCACAAAGGCCGCAGAGAGCGAGCGACCCGCCCCACCCGCCGCCGCCUCCUCCUCCUCCUCUCGCCCCAGGGCGAGGAAUGCGCGGCGGAAGGGCUGGGGCGGGAAAAGGGGCGCGCGCUGGCCGCUGCCCGGGGCAGCCGAAAGCCUUUCCCGCCUUCUUUCCCUGGAGGGAGCCUUGCGAGUGACGUGCGCGGAGCGGCUCGACGCCGGCCCCCGUGCAGCUCCUCCCGCCCCUUGCCCAGACAGGGGGAGGGAAGAGGGGAGGAGUGAUGUGCUGCUGGGGAGAGCCGGGCUGCGCGAGCCGAGAAGUGGCGACUGGAGGGAGCUGCCGCCUCCCCGCCUGCCUCGUCCGUACCUGAGCGGCAGGAGCCACAGCAGCAGCAGCAGCGAGGUCCGCUCGCUCCCCUGGCUCGGCGCUGCUAGCCGAGGGGCGCCGGCUUCCCCGCUCGCCCAUGGCUUCCUCCGGCAGCGGCAUGGAGGAGGUGCGCGUCUCGGUGCUGACCCCGCUCAAGCUGGUGGGGCUGGUGUGCAUCUUCCUGGCGCUGUGUCUGGAUCUGGGAGCCGUACUGAGCCCGGCCUGGGUGACGGCCGACCACCAGUCUUACCUCUCCCUGUGGGAGUCCUGCGAGAAACUCAACAACCCGGAGACCUGGCGCUGCAUAACUACCUUGAACAGCGACUGGCAGAUCGCUACACUUUCUAUGCUGUUGGGUGGUGCCGCCAUAAUUCUUAUAGCUUUCUUGGUUGGAUUAAUUUCUAUCUGUGUGGGAUCCCGGAGGCGGUUCUACAGACCAGUUGCUGUCAUGCUGUUUGCAGCAGUGGUUCUUCAGGUGUGCAGUCUCGUCCUGUAUCCAAUCAAGUUCAUCGAAACGGUCAAUUUGAGAAUAUACCAUGAGUUCAACUGGGGCUAUGGACUAGCUUGGGGUGCAACUAUAUUUUCAUUUGGGGGUGCCAUACUGUAUUGCCUAAACCCUAAGAACUAUGAAGACUACUAUUAAAGGGAGCUACUUUAAAAAGCAGAAGACGAAGAAGAAAUAAUAUAAGGAUUGUCCUGUUUUUUCUAACUCUGUGUUUUUAGAACUUUUGUAGAUUGUCCAGCAGUCUGCCCUGUUGAUUUAUCAGCCUUUACUUUGGGCUACAACUCUUGCAAUUAACUUUUUAAACACCCCUUUAAAAGAAUGGCAAAAAUCACACCUGUUCAUCAGUACAUUGGCAAAUGCUAUAAGCUACUGAUACAUUACCUUUGGUAAGCAAAGAUCAGUACCACUCGAGGACGAAGGUGGCAGCAGUCGUCAUGAGAAACAAGCUGGAAUGAAAAUAUGGCACCUGCAUUUGCUGUAGCCUGCAAGGGAGUAACUGGCCUAAGUAGAAGCUCCUUUGUAUUAUACAUGAUUCAAAUUCUCUAUUGGUCACUGAGUUACACCACUAUGUUGUAUUGGUGCAUUGGGACUUUUGCUGAAACAAACUUCUAAAUGAUUGGAUGCUGAGAAAAGUGAACAUAGUUGAAAGUACAUAUUAAUCUGCUAUUUCCUGACAACACAAGUUUGUACAUUUGGCAAUCCACAUUUUCCAGCCAGCUGUGGUAUAUCAGGAAGUCAAAACUUGGAGCGCAUUCUUCUAAUUAUGUGGUUGGACUUUGUGUCUCGGCUGUAACCAAGUAUAAGCAGAGAAGGACACUGAAUCUGUCGACUCCCGUGAGAGAAUAAAAAGAAGAGAAUACAUGCAUGAGA